CAUGUCCUUAUAAUUUGCCAGGAAUGCCAAAGUUGUUUGAGAGAAAUAUUAAAACGCUCAUAAAUUCAUACAUAUUAGCAAAUUGGCACAAACGAAUGUAGGCUAAAGAAAAAGGCCUCUGUAGCAUAUAGAUUUCUCAAGUGAAAAGUCUGCACAAUGAAAUUUGCUUCCAGGUGGACAACAAAGAAGAUGAAAUACUGUGGAGAAAGUAUCGCCAGUAUGGGAACAGUGUUUUCACAAAUGACCAUUAAAAGAUAAAUGUUGUAUGUAGCCUAUUAAUUUGUGUUAAAAUGUUGAUAGCCCAUGAAUGUGUAGGCCCACAUUUAAACAUGUGCAUGUUUUGUUUUUUUCAUACAAUAACAGUCUAUGCUGUAGCCUACAAACUAGCCUACACAAUAAGAGCAAAGCAAAUUAUGGGUAUUAUUUGCAGAUGUGCUGCUGUAGAAAAAAAGCAAAUCUGACACAAUUAAUAUCACUUGUUGUUAAAUGUGAUGGCAGCAUGCAGUUGGCCUGGACAGUGUGCUACUUAACAAUGAAGAAGUGGUGGGCCUAUUAGCAUCUUAGCCACUCUACUGCAACACAACGCUCAGACCAAGCCUGGACACCUGGUGAGGCCACAUUGAAAAUAGUCUCCUGACUAGAAGAUGUGGACUGAAGUCAUAAAUCAGAUGACUUUAGAGACAGAGAGAGAGUGAGAGAGAGGGAGGGAGAUUAUGGAAUGCUGUGAUGUCAUCAGCCCAGUCAUACACACAAAGACAAGGAGGACCCACAGGCGCUCUGACUCUCUCAGCUUAGUUAGCAUACUCUGCUGUGGAGCGGCUGUCUACAUCCUACUAUUGUGCCAAUGAUGACCUCCAAAGACAAAGGAAACUGACAUAUUUGUAGGGUAGGGAAACUGUCAGCACAACACAGAAAGGAAACAGGGUUUUGUGUGUGUGUGUAUGUGUGUGGGCGCGCGUGUGUGUGUGUGCGCGUGUGAGAUUGUACCUUAUGCACAUAAGUGUGUGUGGGAGGAUGAGCAUCCACCUUUAUUUAUGAAGACGAAUUUCUGUGGCUCAAUAAGAGGGAUUUUAGAAUUAAAGAAGCCAUGAAAGUCUUUUUCUGAUGACAUGAGGCGAUAAACCAACAUUGUUUACCUCAAGAAGCUGCUGGCCAAACGACAGCACCUCCGACCGCUUUGCCAGGUGGUACCAAGUUAACCCACCAUUCAGCCGCCAGCAUGCUGCAGCAGAUUUUAAAGGACAUGUACAUCGACCCUGAUGUGCUGAAUGCUCUUAAUGAGGACCAGAAAAAGACUCUGUUCCUGAAGAUGCGCCAGGAGCAGGUGCGGCGCUGGAAAGAACGGGAGGAGAAAGUAGAGAGAGAAGGGGGGGACGCCGAGUGCAAGCGAACAAAGCCAAAACAAGCCAACAGCAAGAAUGUGAGCUGGCUUCUCGGCCGGGAUGGAGAUGUGGCGGUCAUUGUGAUCGGGGAGGUGGAUGAGCUGAGCUCCAAAUUCAUCUGCUCAGGACUUGGAGAAAAGAAGGCGCAGAGUCUUCAGAACAAUGCAAACCACCAAACCAUCUUGAAGAGCAGAAAAACCACAGAACCUGUCAGAACUGAGAGAGAGAACCUUCCUCCUGAAACACAACCUGGAAUUUCACUGAAUUUAAAGGGGAAGUGUGGGGAGACGAGCACGUUACUCCCUCUGCCGCCUGAGUCGAAGUCAGCCAGUGCGACUGAGGAGAAGUCAGUUCCCCAGUCCUCCAUCUGCUCCAGGCCUCCCAUGAGAGCUAGCCCUGUCAAUGUGAGACCAUCUUCUGCAAAUGCAGCACCAGGCUCUGUCAACACGAGACCUGGCCUGGCAAAUCUGAGGCUGGCCACCGAUGCACAAUCCCCUUCCCCCAGCAGCGCUGUCAAAAUAGACUCUGGAACAACCAAAGGUGGCCUGCACUCACAGGAACCUCACAAGCCCCAGGAAUCACAGGGUGGGAAAGAUAUUGGUGCAUCAGAAGCAUCUCGGAGGGCUGCCUUGGUGCAGGCCGGUAUCAGGAGCACACCAACUCGCGAGGGCGGCCGGGUAGCUCAGCUGAUGAAAACCUUCAGUGCCGAAAGCACUACAACCCCCACACAGACCCCCUCUCGCAGCAUCAAGCCUCCUCUCCCCACCAAGCCUAGCCACUUGCGUCUAACGACCACACCUACUGUCAGGUAAUCCUCACACACUGAUGCAGAGACGCCCACCAAGCUUCAAGCAUCCCAGUGAUUCAAAUAAAGACACACUGGACAACGUCAGGCCCCUAAUUUGGAGCUUCAGCCAGUGGGUUAAUUCCCAAAGGUGGAAAAGAAGAACAUGGUAAUGUUCACAAUGUUGCUGUCACUCCUAAACCCAGCAAUGGAAAUGCUUGAAUGUAAUGGUUUUAUUUUAUUAUUGGAUGCUGCAGUACUGUAAACACUCUUUGUGGGAAAGAAAUUCCAAAGCAAUUGAAUGCAAUGUAUAUGUAUUUUUCCAGGGAAUUGAUGACUAUCACAUUUAUUCACUUGGUGUUGAUGCUUUGGCAGGGCUGUGUGAACACACAAUUUCUUGUCCAAUUCAUAAACCCUAUAAACACAAUAUUGUUACCAUUGACAUUAUUUGUAUUACUUAUGACCAGACCCAAACAGAAUCUGAGGAUUUUGGGGGGUUUUUUUGUUUACAGUUUUCAGCAGUGAUCUAGAAUGAAAAUCUGUGGAAUUUAGUCUGACUGUUUUUCUGCUUGUGGUGGAGAUGUGUUAACAUUCUGAAUUUUGUUUGAAUUUUUUUUGCAUUGUUUCUUAUGAGACAGUUUGCAUGAGCGCAUAUGCAGAUACACGAGUGACAACAGAAUGGGCAUGGGCAGGCAUAAUGAGGUGGAAUAAGGCACAGUAGGGUCCUCCUUCAUCUUGCUGUCUCCUCUUUGGGAAUACUCUAAGGUUGUUUAUUUGUCACAAUGCAAUGUAUGUCUCCCUCUGCCACCUGGCAGGAGCUUCACUGUGACCUGUUGUGGACCAAUGACAGUGCCAAAUUCAUCGUCUGUCACUCCCAGUGGAUCAAGUUAGACAGUUGAUGCCAAAUAAUCCAGUGUUACUCUUCUGCAUUUUUUUCAGUACUAUUCUAGAUAUGUGCGGUUGUACAUUUUUACAUUUUCUAUAGGGGGAAAUAUGUUUUGUAAUGGGAUGUUUAACAUUACUACGAUGCUCACUUGUAAAAUUAAACAUUUUUAUCUUUGAUUUCAAGUUUGUAUGGUGCAAUCAAAGAAACAAUAAAAUUGUGUAACUUGUACACCUACUCUUAAAA